AUGAUUGAAGAUGUAGAAGCAAGUGGACUAGAAGAGGAAGCUGAUGUAGCUAAAUUAACAAAUUCUAUAAGCCAACUAGGUUUAUAUACUUUCCUAGAAGACCUUCUAAGAGGAACAAAAGUAACAUCUUCAAGGGAAGAAUGUGCUGAUUCAACGAAUCGUCAAAAUUCUGAACUCUAUGAUCUUCUUUUCCAGUUGAUCCUCAAGCAGUUUGCUCUCCAUUGUUCUGGCAAUAUCCCAUUCUCGCAAUCGAACAAGGCUUCUCUCCCUUCUCAAGUCUACCCAUUAACAAUACAUCAGCAACUAUACCCUACAAUACUCUGCAAGCAAUUAACCGCUAGUAGUCUCGUCUUGGGUUACGCUCUGUUGAAGCCUGCUUGCUGUGAUUAACAAGCCAUUACCGAAUUCAAGUAUUCAGUCCUUUUAACUGCAUUGCAAUACUUGACCUCUGCGUUGGGCGUGUGGGUUUUUGGCAAAUUAGGAUUUUUGCGUAAUGAUGCCUUCACAUAAGAAACUGCCAAGAAGUUUUUACCUGCUGCAAUUGUUUUCUACCUUGCAAUCUUUACAAAUACCAAUCUUUUGCGCCAUGCCAAUGUGGAUACUUUUAUAGUGUUCAGAUCCUUGACACCCCUUUUGGUUGCUGUUGCUGAUACUGUGUUUUGAAACCAGCCGAUCCCAUCGAAUCUUAUUUUCUUGUCGUUGUUUAUCAUUUUGGGUGGUGCUGUUGAGUAUGUGGCCACCGAUUCUGCUUUUACUUUGACAGCCUACUCUUGGGCAUUUGCUUUUUUAGUCACCAUCACUUCGGUGAUGGUUUAUAUCAAGCACAUUGUGUCAAACGUCGGGUUGAACACAUUGGGUCUUGUGUUGUACAACAAUUUAUUGGCAUUGAUGAUGGCUCCGAUGUUUUGGAUUCUCACAGGAAAGUAUAAUGAGGUGUUUGCUUCUUUGGGAUCAAAAGCUGGGAAUUGGUUCCAAUUUGAUGCAUUUUUUGCAGUUUCUUUGUCCUGUGUUAUUAGUUUCUUUGGCUUUGAGGCGAGAAGGGCGAUAUCUGCAACAGCAUUCACUGUGACUGGUGCAGUGCAUAAGUUUCUUAAAGUUGUUAUCAAUGUUCUCAUUUGGGAUAAGCAUGCCAGUCCAUUUGGUUUGCUCUGCCUACUCUUCACGCUUGCUGGAGGUGUUCUCUAUCAGCAGUCAGUUACUAGACCUGGAGCUGAGUCCGUUCCAAAGCAGACAAAAAGUGAAAAUGAUGGCCAUGGAGAGAGUCAACUUGUCAAAAUAACUGAUGGUGAUGAGGAGAAAUAAGGUAGAGCAUAUCUAGUAAACAAGCUUUUGCAUUAAAACUAUUAUUUCAUUUGUUUUCUUAAUCUAUUUAGCUUGGAUGAUGAAUUAAAGGGGCUUAUUGUGAUGUAUGGUCGUUUUAUGAGUUAUGCUUUACUGACUGGAUAAAUCAUCAAAUCUUUGUAAGAUAUGACCAAUAUCGGAUGUGGAUAUAACUUGGAAUAUAUUACUGGUCCUUGCCUUUUUUGAGUUGCA